AUGUGGACAUGGAGGAUAAUGAUGAAGAUCAGUUGGAUAGAAAAUAAAUCUAAUAUGGAAGUGUUAAAUAUGAUAAACACACCUAGACCAAUUAUCAAAAUUAUGAAAAUGAGAAAAACUAAGUUUUUUGGACACAUGAUGAGACAUGACACAAUUAUUACAAAUAUUAUGGAACGGAAGAUAAAUGGGAAUAGAGGAAGAAUACGGCCGAGGGAAACAAAUCUGGGGAAUAUUAUGAAGCUAUUACCCCUAGUAAGUUACGAAGAAGUGAAAAGAUUAGAAGAUCAAAGAAAGAAUUGGUUGCAGCGAAAAGGUGAAGCCAUUAGACAAUGA